GAGCUGGAGUCAGUUCGGUGACAUCACAGAGAAACACGUAAAACUGUUUUUUAUUAAUUAAAAACAAACUCAGGGUUUAAUUCGUCUUUAACUCUGUGUUGAUUAAACUUAAUUUUAUUGUGUUUGUUAUUAACUUUAAUUCUCGUGACACUGUUGCUGCCGCUGUCAGUUUCUCUCGGUUACUCCUCCCCCGACGCCCCUCUCAGCCAAUUGAGUCGCUAGGUGGUUUGGUUGACAGCACUCCCGACCAAUGGCAGCCCCGGAUCAGACCCGCUGGCUCUCUCGGCGGCGGGGCGUCUGUUUCCGGCGCAGGAAGCAGCUGCUGCUGGGGCUGAUGAUGCUGAGGCGCGUCGCUGAUCUGUAGCAUCUCUCGCUCGCUCCAAUGUUCGUCGACAUGUUGUGUUGUCUGCGGCUGCAUCACUGUGUUGACCUGUGUGUGGGCGGCCUGCUCUUGUUCCUAGCGGGGCUGCAGCAGGUGGAAGCAGCCGCCGCCGCCGCCGACGAGAUGAGCCACUUGAACUGGAAGCCGUUCAUCUACGGAGGCAUGGCCUCGAUUGUCGCAGAAUUCGGGACAUUUCCCGUUGACCUGACUAAGACCCGACUGCAGGUCCAGGGUCAGUCCCAGUACACAGAGGUGCGCUACAGAGGCAUGUUCCACGCCCUCUUCAAGAUCGGCAAAGAGGAGGGAAUUAAAGCGCUGUAUUCUGGGAUUUCCCCCGCUUUGUUGAGACAAGCUUCUUACGGGACAAUCAAGAUAGGAACCUACAACACUCUGAAGAGGCUGUUUGUCACUAAUCCAGAAGAUGAGACCAUGGUCAUCAACGUCUUCUGUGGCGUGGUGUCCGGAGUCCUGUCCUCUUCUCUGGCCAACCCCACCGACGUCCUCAAGAUCAGAAUGCAGGCGCAGGGCAGUCUGCUCCAAGGCAGCAUGGUGUCCAACUUCAUCAACAUCUACCAGACAGAGGGCACCAGAGGGCUGUGGAGAGGUGUCAUUCCCACAGCACAGCGAGCCGCCAUUGUCGUCGGGGUGGAACUUCCUGUCUAUGACAUCACGAAAAAGCACCUGCUCAGCUCUGGCGCCAUGGGAGACACCAUUUUGACCCAUUUCAUUUCCAGUUUCGCGUGCGGCUUGGCAGGAGCGCUCGCCUCCAACCCCGUAGACGUGGUCCGGACUCGUAUGAUGAACCAGCGAGUUCUGUCGGGGGCCCCCAUGUACAAAGGAACCAUGGACGGACUGAUGCAGACGUGGAGGAACGAGGGCUUCUUCGCUCUCUAUAAGGGCUUCUGGCCUAACUGGCUACGACUGGGGCCUUGGAACAUCAUCUUCUUCAUCACCUUCGAGCAGCUGAAGAAGCUUCCGUUUUAACAGGGAACAGGAAGUGGGACUGCGCUGGUCCGUGCGACUGUGUCAGGGAGAUGUGUGAGCACGGCAGCACCUGGAGUUCAGACACCAGUAUUUUCACACUCCCCCCUCUGAAUCCAUACACACGAUACCACACAGUAUCCGUCAUCUGCCCAUGCUCUUCUCCUUUUCAUGUGAUUUAUAUUUAUUGUCACUGGUUUGUUUUCUUUAAUGCAGUUUUGAUUUGAACUGUCACCCUCAAUCACCUCAGACACUCCCCAGGCAGCUGAAUGUCUGAAUGAAAGUUUAAAUCCUCGAGCUGCUGAGAGAGACGGAGUUUAACUCUGGAUUGGCUUUGGGAAAAAAAAACCCAGAGGUGAGGCUCAGGAUUCAUUCACAGAAGAAACAUGGGAAAUGUAUUAAUACACACAGGAAAUGUCGGCUCAGACACAGUUUGUGGCGUUUGAUAGAGAAAGAAAAGAAUAUGAAGUUCAGCAAUGAUUAACGUGUAGGAACCCUGUAUUAUCUGGACAUAAGCACUGCAUGAACGUGAAACCUGUUCAGUAAAUAACUCAGAUUUUCUGUUGAAUGUUGAGGAACUGCAUGAAAAAAUUAGACAAAAGUCCAGUUGACUGUUACAAGUGUUUGCUGUGGAAAUCUCAGUGUUUUUGUUUACAGCAAAUCGACUCCUGCUUUAACUCCUCUUUUUCAUCCCGACAUUCGUAUUCUUUUCAUUUUCUCUGUUUUGCGUCCGUUACUCGCUCGCUGUGAAUUUUCCAGACAUUCUCCUGCUGUAUUCUCACAUGGUCUCGCUCAUUUUCCAGACAUGUUACCAGGGGGCUGCAGGAAAAGUUCCACAAAACGUCUGGGGCAACUGACCCUCUGGAAAACGUCCUCUGGAAAAGUUCUGGAAAAUGCUGCGACUUCAGUGCAGGUCUGAAAGCAGCUUUACAUGUUUUAGUUGUUUAUUGGAACAUAAAUUUAGUGAUCUUGAUCUAUUUAAAGAGAACAAUGUGAAAUCUGAACCAAAGCCUCUAAUGAGAAAAGGGAGAAACCUCUGUCUUAAUCAUUCACAACCAAAACAACUGUUUUUUAUUUGUUUUUGAGGUUUUAAAUGUAUUUUUUUAUUUUUAAGGAAACACUGACAGACACUGAAUCCAGACAGGUGACAGAUAUUGAAGUUUUUUUUGUUUUGUUUCUGUUUUGUGUCGACAUUUCAUUUCCUGCACCUCCAGUCGGCUGCAGUGUCGUGAGGUAACGUGUUGAGGUUUGCUGCCGUUCAUGUCAUUAUUGACCCACAGUGUAAAGGCUGUUCAGACCUGUUCCCUCACGGAGGCAGAUUUUAUCUUUCGCUUGUCCAGGUGCAAAUACGACACCUUGGUGAACUUUUCCUGUUGUGUUUCUCAUUCGUGGUCAUAGCUCAGUUAGAAAAGAGGCAGCUGGUGUGGAGAGAGAGAGAGACAUGGACUUUGGUGCCAAGUAUGUUUUUACCAAACCGGGUUGAAUCAAUUUGCAGAUGAUUCUUUUAGUUGUUGUUUUGUUUGCAGCUACUUUGAGAUAAAAUAUGAUUUGCAGGCGAAACAUUCCCUAAAGUCGACAACUCGUUUGAAAACAACAUAUUUAGGUUUUUGUGAAUCACAUUAUCUUAACAACCAAAAGCAUUUUUUUUAUAAUUUCAUUUAUAAUUUAUGUUAUAAUAAUAAACAAGGUAACUUAUUUUAUUUUGUUAAACUCACUCGGUAGUACGGCUUCCAUCGCAGGUGACCUCACUCUUUCACCCCCACAUCUUAGGAUGUUUUUAUUUAAAUGUCAGAUGUUAUAUUUAAAGUAUUUGUAGGUCUUUUGUUUUAUUCUUGAAGGUUUUUUAAGGUGGUCAGUGGAAGGAUUCUCGUCCUGGCCGUCAUCGUUGUGCAGCGUUGAUCCGAUGU